AGACUCUAAGCAGUAAAGAAAAAUAAAAAAGAAGACUCACCCAAUUUACACGCCUAGACGCAGACACAGUCAUCCAGAGAGAGAGAGAGAGAGAGAGCGCAACACACUACUGUUUUUCUCCAACAACGGCAAUGGCCUUUAGCACCCGGCGUGGGGGCUGGGCCCACACCUUGCUUCCCUUAUCGAGCACCCCAACCCCCAAAUCCAAGCUCCCCCGAAAGUCCCGCCGCCGAUUGUCCAUCCGCAACUUCAUUUUCACCAACUUCUUGGCUAUCUGCCUCGCGAUCUCUCUCUUCCUCUUCCUCCUCGUCGUCCUCCGCUACGGCGUGCCCAGGCCCAUCUCCUCCCACUUCAAAUCACAGGCGCCACGCUUCCCCAGGCCCCGGAAACCCGUUUACCGGAAACCGGUGUUGUCCGACGCCGCUGCCAAGGACGCCGUUUUGAGAUCCACGGUGGACAUCACGACUAAGGAUUUGUACGACACGAUCCAGUUCCUUGAUGUGGAUGGUGGGCCCUGGAAGCAAGGGUGGAGGGUGUCCUACAAAGGGAACGAGUGGGACUCGGAGAAGUUGAAGGUGUUUGUGGUGCCUCAUUCGCAUAACGAUCCCGGUUGGAAGCUCACCGUGGAGGAGUACUAUGAGAGGCAGUCUAGGCGCAUACUCGAUACGAUUGUUGAGACGCUUUCUAAGGAUGUUAGACGCAAAUUUAUAUGGGAAGAAAUGUCUUAUUUGGAGAGAUGGUGGAAGGAGGCCUCAGAGAGCAAAAGGGAGUCACUGGUCAAUUUAGUAAAGAAUGGGCAGCUCGAAAUUGUUGGAGGUGGCUGGGUAAUGAAUGAUGAGGCUAAUUCACAUUAUUUUGCCAUUAUUGAGCAGAUGGCAGAGGGGAAUAUGUGGUUGAAUGACACAAUUGGGGUUGUUCCUAAAAAUGCUUGGGCAAUAGAUCCAUUUGGUUACUCACCUACCAUGGCUUAUCUUCUCCGCCGUAUGGGUUUCGAGAAUAUGCUUAUCCAGAGGACCCAUUAUGAGCUGAAGAAGGAACUCGCACUGCAUAAGAAUUUGGAGUACAUAUGGCGUCAGAGCUGGGAUGCUGAGGAAACUACUGAUAUUUUUGUACACAUGAUGCCCUUCUAUUCAUAUGAUAUUCCACAUACAUGUGGGCCAGAGCCUGCUAUUUGUUGCCAGUUUGACUUUGCUCGGAUGCAUGGCUUUUCUUAUGAACUUUGCCCAUGGGGACAGCAUCCAGUAGAGACCAAUUCGGGAAAUGUUCAGGAGAGGGCUCUGAAGCUACUAGAUCAGUAUAAAAAGAAAUCAACCCUCUACCGAACAAAUACACUUCUUGUUCCUCUAGGGGAUGAUUUUCGUUACAUUAGCAUUGAUGAAGCAGAAGCUCAGUUUAGGAAUUAUGAGAUGCUAUUUGAUUAUAUCAAUUCUAAUCCAAGUUUAAAUGCAGAGGUGAAGUUUGGUACUUUGGAAGACUACUUCCGAACCCUACGCGACGAGGCUGAUAGGAUAAAUUAUUCACUUCCUGGUGAGAUAGGGUCUGGUCAGGUUGGGGGUUUUCCUUCUUUAUCAGGCGACUUCUUUACCUAUGCUGAUAGGCAACAGGACUAUUGGAGUGGUUAUUAUGUUUCAAGGCCUUUCUUCAAGGCUGUUGAUCGGGUGCUAGAGCAUACACUACGUGCCACAGAGAUGCUGAUGGCUUUAUUACUUGGAUAUUGCCAGAGAUCGCAGUGUGAAAAGUUGCCCGUAGGGUUUUCCUACAAGCUGACAGCUGCAAGAAGAAACUUGGCUCUUUUCCAGCAUCAUGAUGGGGUCACUGGUACUGCUAAGGAUCAUGUGGUUCAGGACUAUGGAAGUCGGAUGCAUACUUCUUUGCAGGAUUUGCAGAUUUUCAUGUCUAAAGCUAUAGAAGUUCUGCUUGGUAUCCGCCCAGAGAAAGCUGAUCAAAACCCUUCUCAAUUUGAGCCAGAACAGGUGCGAUCUAAAUAUGAUGUUCAACCAAUGCAUAAGGCAAUCAGUGCUCGUGAAGGAACUUCUCAUUCAGUGGUCUUUUUUAAUCCUUUGGAGCAAACAAGAGAAGAGAUUGUGAUGGUUAUAGUUAACAGGCCAGAUGUUACUGUUUUGGACUCAAACUGGACAUGUGUUCAGAGCCAAAUUUCACCUGAAUUGCAGCAGAACAAAAGCAGGGUUUUUACCGGGAAGCACCGUGUCCACUGGAAAGUCUCUGUUCCUGCCUUGGGUCUGCAAACAUAUUACAUUGCUAAUGGAUUUGGUCAAUGUGAGAAGGCAAAACCAGCAAAAAUAAAAUUUUUCACCCAGUCUACUUCCAUACAUUGUCCGACUCCUUAUGCUUGCUCAAAAGCAGAAGGUGAUGUAGCUGAAAUCCAGAAUUGGCAUCAAACGCUCACCUUUGAUGUCAGGCAUGGCUUGUUGCAGAAAAUAAUCUUUAGGAAUGGUUCCCAAAAUGUUGUGGGUGAAGAAAUAGGCAUGUACUCUAGUUGGGGAAGUGGGGCUUACCUAUUCAAACCUAAUGGCGAUGCACAAUCUAUCAUCGAAGCUGGUGGGCUGAUGGUGAUUGUAGAGGGUCAUUUGAUGCAGGAAGUAUCCUCUUAUCCAAGGACAACAUGGGAGAAACCCCCCGUCUCCCACAGCACCCGUAUAUAUAAUGGAGAUAAUACUAUACAGCAGUUACUCAUUGAGAAGGAAUACCAUGUUGAGCUUAUUGGCCCUGAUUUUGAUGACAAGGAAUUAAUAGUUAGAUACAAGACGGAUAUCAAUAACAAAAGGGUUUUUUACUCUGAUCUAAAUGGCUUUCAGAUGAGUCGGAGAGAGACAUAUGAUAAGAUCCCACUGCAGGGAAAUUACUACCCUAUGCCUUCUCUUGCAUUCAUGCAAGGGUCUAAUGGGCAGCGAUUUUCUGUUCAUACUCGGCAGUCUUUGGGUGUGGCAAGCCUUAAAGAGGGAUGGCUAGAGAUCAUGCUUGAUCGCCGAUUGGUUAGAGAUGAUGGACGUGGUCUUGGGCAAGGAGUGAUGGAUAAUCGUCCAAUGAAUGUAGUCUUCCACAUCCUUAUAGAAUCCAAUAUUUCCUCCAUUCCAAGCUUGGGUUCCAAUAAUUUUCCCUUAAGCCCUUCUCUUCUUUCUCAUUGUGUUGGUGCUCAUUUGAACUAUCCAUUACAUACAUUCAUUGCAAAGAAGCCUUUGGAAUUAUCUGUGCAGCCGCCCCCAAGAUCCUUCUCCCCUUUAGCUUCUCCCUUGCCAUGUGACUUGCAUAUUGUGAGCUUUAAGGUCCCUCGGCCUUUAAAAUAUUCUCAGCAGCCACCUGAAGAUUCUAGGUUCAUUCUGCUCUUACAGAGGCGUCAUUGGGAUUCUUCAUACUGUCGGAAGGGCAGAUCUCAAUGCACCAGUGUUGCUGAUGAGCCUGUGAAUCUGUUCUACAUGUUCAAGGGGCUUGCAGUAUUGAAUGCAAAGGCAACUUCUUUAAAUCUUUUGCAUGAAGACACACAGAUUCUUGGUUACACCGAGCAGUUUGGAGAUGUUGCACAAGAGGGACACGUACUUAUUUCUCCCAUGGAAAUACAGGCUUACAAGUUGGAAUUACGGCCACCACACCAAUGAAUAUACACUAAUUUUGCUGAUGCUAAUUGUUCUGGAUCAGUGACUGAAUGAUUCUACUGCAUAGGACGCAUCAUACCUGAGAGAAAUCAUCAGCAGUCUGCUAUCUCAAUGAAAGUUGAAACGUGUGAUUAAGUCCAAAUUGUGGAUGGGCAUGGACGGUUUUUAGAAGCAGCAGGGAUGUUGUCAAUGAACUGGGUGGGUUACCUUGCUGAGGAAUUUGAUUAUAAAGCACAUCAGCAUGAAAAUUUUUUGGUGUCCAAUACCGUUUCAAAAUACUUGAGAGAGAAUUCGUAUCUAUGACUUUUUUGUAAGUACUACUAUUGUGAGACAGUAGCAUUUAUGUUUACCACUUACAGACUUGCACUUAACUAUAAACACGGACGACUUUUUCCGUA